AACUCCAGAUAAAGGGUUCCGCAGUCCCUGCGGGUGUGUGAGGGCACAGCAUUGGUUUCUUUAGCUCUUUAACUUUCUUUUCGCUGUUGGGGUUGCGGGAGGACGGGCAGCGUUACAUAAGGGCGCUGCGCCGCGCCGCCGGGGCCGGCUGAGAGCAAUGGAGCGGGGCGAGCGCCGAGAACGCGGGGCCCGGGGGGAAGCACAGCCCAGGAGAGCCCGGGGCGCGGCGCCGCCUCAGCGCUGGGCGGGAAGCCGCCGCCCCGCUCCCCCCGCGGCUGUGGGCGCCGAUGGAAGCGGCCGUCCGGGCCUCUACCCCGCGGGGAGCGUGCGCCGGCCCAGGUGUGAGCGCUGCCCCCCCCACCGCUCAGAGAAAAUGGAUUCGUCCGAGCGCGCCGCGCUCCACGCCCCCCCCCCGGCCCCCCCCAACCCCUCCUCGCGGAGCGGCGGGGACAUGGAGCGCUGCUGCCCGCCCCUCCGCGGAGCCUCCACCGGGCGGCGGCGACGAGGAGCGCGGCUCCCCUCAGCGCCCGGCCCGCGAUUGGCCCUUUCUCCUCUCCCGUCGAGCUCUGGCACGGCGGCCAAUCAGCGUGCGGCUGGCGGGGGCCGCGGGUGGAGGCGGCGGAGAGCGGCGCUGCCAUUGGCUGCGCGCGGCGCGAGGAGCGGUUUGAAUCGGCGGCGCCGGGAGGGAGCGGUGAUGGCAAAGUACAAACAACGCCGACGAAAGCCGAGAGCCAGAACGAAAGCCGGGCAGGGCAGGAAGGCCGGAGCGGCCGAACCGAGCGGCCCCGCAUUGCAGUCCGCAGGCCUUUCUCCGGACACGUCCCCAGCCCCAGCCCGUCCCUCGCUCUGCUCGUUGCCGUUGCCCGGCGUAGAACGCGUGGUCAAACCUUUUGCAGCGGUAGCGUCGCUGUUGUACUGGUGCCACAGCGCUGUCACGCAGAGCUUUACGGUGGUUAAAGAGAUGAUAUUUCCAUCACAAGUCUACUUAAGAGAGCUAAAUACCUUUAAAGAGCAGCUGGAAAAGUUGGAAAUGGAAUUUUCCAGACUGAAAGGAAUACUCCAGCAUUACUACGCUGCAGUUACCUCAUGGCACAACGGAGCUGGUUUUCUGAACAAUGGCAUUACGACUUUGUCUUCAGAAAGCUCUUGUUGUCAGAGGUGCAGUAAAACAGUUCUGAGUGCUCCUGUAGAAGCACAGCUGGACCCACUGCCUGCUGUUCCCGGGCCUCCUGCAGUGCAGCUGCAGCCUGCCUCCGUGUCCCCUCCACCUCCUCCUCCUCCUCCUCCUCCUCCUCCUCCUCCUCCACCACUGCCGCCACCGAAACUGCCUGCAGCACCUCUCCUCCUCAAACGUGGCAGCGGCUCUAAAGCGCUUCUGGAGCCGUCGGUAAAAAAAGACGCACCGAUGCACAUCACUCUCAAAGAUCUCCUGAAUGUAAAACUGAGAAAGACGGACAGCAGCCUGAGAACAGACAAGGCAGGAUCGCCAGCGAAGACACGCAGGGCAUUAAUUACAGUCUCUGAUUUACAGAGUGUUAAUCUGAGAUCCAAAUCCAAGCCAUCAGCUCACGUUACAAGCUCCUUAAUCAGUACCCCACCUAAAAAUCAGUUAGAUCUUCGAAAACACCUUAAGAAAGUCAAUAUACAAAGAAGUCCUGGUGGCACUCCACUAAAUAAAGAAAACACUGAGUGUGGCACUGGCUUGACACCAAUUAUGACACAGGCACUGCGGCGCAAAUUUCAGAUGGCACAUCCAAAGAGUCCCUCACCGGCCCGGCCCAGCGCUGCCAGCAGCUUUGAUGAGCACAAGUUUCCACAAACAUUUCCAUGGUUAAAAGCGCAUGAGACGAUUGCACUCUGUAUUGCUUUGGGCCCACGUGAGGUCACCCAUGGUGCUAAAGGCUGCGCUGCUUGGAGGCACCCAGCUGAACGCUGCAGGCACAGCGAUGGAGCUCAGCGUGGACACGGCGUGGCCUUUGGACAAGGUCCUGCUUUCCAAGGACUCAGUUUCAGCCGCGCUCAGGCUGCUUUCCCAGAGCUUGGGCUUCCACGGCGCUGUGACUGCUCUGGCGUUUCCCACGGGAGCAUCGCCCCCAGGUUCUGUCCCGAGCUUCACGGGAGCGGGAAGAGAAGAGAAGCGGGGCCGUCCUGGGGCCGGCGCUGCGCUGGGGGCGGUUCUGAGGCGGCUCUCUGCUGGAACGCUGCCUGACACUCCGCUCCGGCGUUGAGACGAGGUCGAUGUUUGUUGUAACCGCCCGUCGCCGUUCGCUGCCGCGGUGCGGGCUCGUUCCGCAAUACACGUGCUACAACCCCGCC